AUGCAUGUGCUGCCGAACCUGUUCUUUAUUAGGUUGUGUGGAAACAAUGGGCCUAUUAUCUGUCUGAGGUCGCACAUCAACGAGGCGUUGAUGCACGUGCGGCUGGAUCCAUUAUACAGGAGAAGCAAUGCGUCGCACAUCAUCGAGGCGUCGAUGCACGUGCUGCUGGUGCAGCGGCGCGUGACGGCCGAGGGCGAGCUGCUGGACCCGUUCCGCACGGCGCUGCGCGUGGAGGGGCCGCGGGGCUCGGGGCGGGGCCGCUCGGGCUUCUUCCUGCUGUGGCCCGAGACGGUGACGCACGUGCUGGACAAGCGGUCGCCGCUCUACGACAUGUCGUUCGACGACCUGGCGCGCGCGCGCUUCGAGGUGGUGGUGAUGCUGGAGGGCACCAUCGAGUCCACGGACCAGCGCAUCCAGGCGCGCUGCUCCUACCUGCCCGAGGAGAUCCUCUGGGGCCACCGCUUCGAGCAGCUCAUGCACUUCAACCACGCCGUGCAGAACUUCGAGGUGGACUACAGUCUGCUCAAUGCCACUUAUCAG